ACGAGGUCGGUCCAAAACUAUGUGUGUGCAUGAAGGACAAAUGGACAUGGAGCUCGCGGAGUCAUUGACAUGUCACGUCUGACGUGUCUGCUAAUGAAACCUCCUUCAAUUUCUUUAAAAUAAAUACCAUCGCAAAUAUAUAUUACAUAUUUAUGUAUCAGACUGAUGAGAGUGUGAGGGAGGGAGAAAGAAGAAUGGCAUCCGCAUAUUGUCCAGGUAAGAGUUCAUGGCCAGAGCUAGUCGGAGAAUAUGGGGAAGUUGCAGCGGCAAAGAUAGAGCAAGAGAAGCCUGAUGUUCAUGCAAUUGUCAUCCCUGAAGGAACUAUAAUCACCCAAGAGUUGAGGUGCAACCGGGUCCGGGUCUGGGUUGAUGAAAACGGCGUCGUCACCACGGUUCCCCGCGUUGGCUAGCUAGGCCUACUUACAAAAAGGGCUUGUUUGUCGAUAGAAAUUAUCUACCAUAUGAUGUAAAUUGUGAUGAUAUCAAAAUCCUCUCAUCAAUAAAAUUUCCUGGGAAUUAUCUAAACAUUAGUUGUUCCAGAAAAAGAAAGAAAAUACUUUUUAUCA